AUGGAUGAUUAUCCCAGCCGUACUGCGAGCACGGGUUGCUCUAGCCCUCGCGGGUGCGACCUGCCCGGAAAUCCGACGAGCCAGCCCCUACCGCCAGGCCGCAAGAGGAAGGCUGCCAGUCAGGGUGAGCCACCCCAGUGGCGAUUCAUCGAGGCCGCCCGGCCGUCUAUUCGCUAUCGGAGCGAGACUAAUCCGCCCCUCGCAAAGAAGGCUCGUGGAACGAGUUCGACAAUUUCCCCCUCGCUCCUAUCCGUUAUCGACCUAACCGAAAUCUCGUCCGAAGACGACAUGGACGCUCCUCUCCCUUCGGCGGCCGGGGAUGUGGCGAUGUUCCAUCCCCACAACUCAGCGGAACCGUCGACCUCGUCUGAGAGCUCUAAUGUCUUCGAUGGCGUAUUCUCGCCCCUCAAGAAGUCACGCUCUUCAUCUAUCUCGUCCAGAAGCGGAUCCCAUACUUAUUGUGGCGAGGAAAAGGGCCUAGGUCGAAUCUGGGAACCGACGAGUCCCUCGGACGUCCUAGACAACGACUCGAAUUUCGACACUCUGUUCGAUCAGUAUAUCCGGCCGCUCUCGCCUUCGCCCUCCCCCGCCCCUAAACCCGCGCCGUCUUCUCCGCCACUCAACGAUGCAGUGAGUAAUCUUAGCGGAUCGACCAUCGUAGAUGGUCCACUCGAUCCCAUUCGUGGCAAUGCGGAUUCUCACCCUAAACAACUCGACUCUUCGACCAUAGAAGACAUACCAGGGAGGGCCUGUGCUCGGGAUCGAGGAGACGCAUCCCUCGUUGACGGCACGCGUCUCCGACUUCGUGUCAGCGAACCUAAGAUCAUCCUUCGCCUGAAGCUACCGGCCACUACGCGAGCGGGAAUGGAGAAAGGCAAGGGAGGGAAGUCAAGGGAUACAAUGGUGCAAGGAACUCAACGGGGGAGGGUAAAGAAGGGAACCAAGGUCGAGAAGACAAAGAAAGGAACCAACGUCGGGCAGGCAAAGAAGGGGACCAAGAGUGAGAAGGCGAAGACGGAAAAGAAGAGAAUUAUAUAA